AUGGCAAACGAGUGGAGACUCAUAGAAUCUGGACCUCGAGCUGACAUCGACCUUCUCACCCUUGCUAGAUCCCACAGCAAGGACAGUCCCUACCUCUGGACGACCAUCGCAGCCCGUACUCUCGCUCUCGUUGACCUGCCAGCACAUACCCUCGUACAACUCGACCAUCCAGAUGGCCCUCGCGUGAUCAAUCACCUCGACCCAAGCACCCCCAUUGACUAUGUUUACACUGUCCCCCGCUUAAUGAAAUUCAAUCCAGAGCCCUGCGUCAUCGUCAAUCUUAUACUCAGCGACAACUCUUACCUCCGCGCACCCAAGCUCUCGGACCUCGUCUGCGACGAGACAGUUCAAAGACUGAAGGUGAGCGUUGAAGGCGUGGUCACACCCCACGCUGCUCUUCCUAAGGAAAAAUUAAUUCUGGUCCUUGAUUUUUGCGGGUUCGUCAGGCCAGGGCCCAUCGCAAGUCCAAGUAAACACGGUGUCUUGACGUUGGGGGAGAUCUGUACGCCGUGGAAGCUCCGGCGUAAGGGUGUCGACGGAGAGUCCACUGAGGUGCGGAUUACCUGGGCUGCCGAAAUAGCGAGGCACUUGAAGCAGUGGAUUGACGUGGUGAUGGAUGAGCGUAUACCGCAAGUUCGCAAUCAAGCAAACAAAGAGCUGUUCAUGCUGAGGUAUCCGGCGGAAGAGAUUCGCGUUCUUGGAUUUGCAUAUAAUCCUGAUGAGGGGUGGGUCACUCCACUACUCGCGAUUUCGCCGAAAACACCUCUCAACGAAGAGACCGGGAGACAUGCUGGAUAUUAG